AUGGUCUCUGAGGAGUUUCGGUUUGGGAAGCGGCCGCCUAAGGGUAGUGGAGGAUCAGACGUUAUUCUCUACAACCCAAAGCCUCAUCAAAAGCAUCACAAGGGAGUUGGUAGUGGGGUUUCGUGGAUCAGACAGCGGGACAUCCACAUCCUGACGGUGGGUCGCUACACCUACACGACCGACGAGCGCUACGAGGUGAUCCACUCCCAGGGCUCCAAAGACUGGAUCCUCAAGAUUAAGUAUGCGCAGUCGAGGGACUCGGGCAACUACGAUUGUCAAGUGUCCACCAAGCCUGUCAAAUCCUACACCGUCCACCUCCACGUCUUCGAUCCCAAAGUAGAGAUCAUUGGGUCGCCGGAUAUGCACGUUGACACGGGUUCGACCAUUAAUCUGACCUGUGUCAUUGCUCAUAGCCCGGAGCCCCCGUCAUACAUCUUCUGGUAUCACAACGGCCAGGUGGUGAACUACGAGUCCCCGAGAGGCAGCGUCUCUGAGCUGAAAGAGGACAACGUUUCCCGCAGCUCUCUCAUAAUACACGAAGCCCAACCAUCAGAUACAGGGAAUUACACUUGUUUACCGUCCAAUGCCAAUCGUACUUCUCUUCGUGUGCAUGUGUUCAGUGGUGACCCCCCCGCUGCCAUGCAGACCAACGGGGGUAUGGCUCUCUUAGCUCCGCCCUUCGGCCACGCCUUUUACACCUGCCUCCUGGGGGGACUUUUCCUGACGCUGCUGACGGAGGAUCUGCUGCUGCCGGGGACCUUCAGGGGCGGCGGGGUGGCCUAG